UUUCGUCGCUUUACUCAUCACAUAUCACCACCAACAACAUUCCAGUCUCGCAAUCACUGGCUAAACAGAGAUGGCAGCUACAAUCUCCCGGCAUCGCUGCCUCAAUGGCCAUCCAUGGUCUUCACCCUUCAAAGUCUUCCUCUCCCCAACCGCAACCCCGACGGCCCCGAACCGAACCUUUGCCACCACGACCGACGACAUCCCCACGAUUAAGCCACGAGUCCGAGCGACAACUUUCGCCGACAAGAUCAAUGCCGGUCCAUCAUUCACAGAGUUUGUGUCUGGACGAGAACAGCCAUUGGAUCCGUCCGAAGCAUAUGCGCUAAAGACAGCGUUGGUAGGACCCGAAGGGAAGAAGAAACAGAUCACCCGUCUCCCUUCAUGGCUCAAGACAUCCAUACCAGACACCUCAAAUUAUAAAAAGAUCAAAAAGGACCUUCGUGGUCUCAAUUUACAUACCGUGUGUGAGGAGGCUCGAUGUCCAAACAUUUCGGAAUGCUGGGGUGGGAGCGACAAGUCGGCUGCCACGGCCACCAUAAUGCUCAUGGGGGACACAUGUACACGCGGAUGUCGAUUUUGCAGCGUUAAAACGUCCAAAGCGCCUCCACCGCUCGACCCGCAUGAGCCUGAACACACUGCGGAGGCGUUGUCGCGAUGGGGUCUGGGCUAUGUGGUGCUCACAAGUGUGGACCGCGACGAUCUUGCAGAUGGUGGUGCGCAUCAUUUUGCCGAGACUGUACGGAAGAUCAAGUCGAAGGCGCCUUCCAUCCUUGUCGAGUGUCUUACGGGCGACUAUGCUGGAGACUUGGACAUGGUCAAGCUGGUUGCCACAUCAGGCCUGGACGUCUAUGCCCAUAACGUUGAGACCGUCGAAGCCUUGACGCCUCAAGUACGAGACAGGCGAGCAACAUUCCGACAAUCUCUGAGUGUCCUGAAGGCAGCCAAAGCAGCAAGACCAGACCUCAUCACCAAGACCUCCAUCAUGCUUGGACUUGGCGAGACCGAGGAGCAACUCUGGGCUGCGCUCCGAGAACUACGCGCUAUCGAUGUCGAUGUGGUCACCUUUGGCCAGUACAUGCGUCCGACCAAGCGACAUAUGCCUGUACAUGAGUACGUCACACCUGAUGUAUUCGAGCAGUGGAGAGUGCGAUCCUUGGAGAUGGGCUUCCUCUAUGUGGCUAGCGGACCCUUGGUUCGGAGCAGUUAUAAAGCAGGCGAGGCAUUUAUUGAGAACGUGUUGAAGAAGAGACGUGCGGGUAGGACCGAAACUGCCAAUGCAGAUAUUGCUGGCGAUAUCCCGGUCAAGACCCUGGAGGUGGGCAAGGCUUGAGCUGAAUAGUCAUCCCAUCUGCACAAUCAGGGCUACCAAGCAGCUGGCUUUCUAUGUUGGAAUCCUUUCGAGCGUGGUCGGCGUUCAAGUCUGAAAUCCAAUGUGUUCUGGUCAUUGUCAACCAAUGUCCACCCCAUCCUGCCUGUUAUUUCUGCGCCGGCUUCCCAUAAGUCGACCUUCUUGCUUACGCUAC